AUGUGGGAUGCAGAUAAGAAUCGUCUCAUUCCAGGAGUUGACUACAAGAUUGAUCCACAAGGGAAGACACGCUUCCGUUCUCGUGAAGAUCAUGCAGCAGAUCCACUGUUUACUUGGGUAGACCCUGAGGUUUUUAAGCGUCCAACAUAUAAAAGUUAGUAUUGUCCCUAAGUCAAUAACAAUAUUAUUGUUGUUAACAGCCUAUAAAAACCUUUGAUGUAAAGGCCCAUACACUGGAUGUGGAUAAUCCUGCAAUGGACUAGCAUCCCAUCCAGGGGGGAGUAGCAAUACUCCUAGGUAUGCUUCAUGCUUAUGAAACCGGGAUAAGUUCCGCCCAUUUGGGCCUUUGGCUUGUGUAUGCCUUUACCUUUUUUUACGAACAGUGUGUGGGUUCUUUAAUGUCCCACAGAAUUUGUAUGUGCAAGGGUUGUGAGAUGGGGCCUAUGGUUUAUCAUCCACAUCCGAGAAGACUAGAAAGUCUAACCGUUUGCAGAUGUUAUUACAAAGGCAGCACUUUCUCCUCAGUUAUUUGAAGACCCUGACUUUUGGUCCAGCCGAGGUUUGAACCAAUGGCCUCCCGCUCAGCAGAUGGGCGCUUAUCCGAUUGAGCUAACCGGGUGGCAGGGAGGGUACAGUCCUUCUUUAAGAUGAUUGGUACUAGUGACGAUGACAAAUAUCAGCAUGGCUCACAGCAGACUGUCAUGUCCCUGCUCCAGGAAUGCCUAUUUUUCAAACCACCCAAUCAGCUAGGGAUAAUGGCUGCUCUUGACCCCAAAACCACCACAUGGCUGAAAGUUGCUAACAUCCCAGUCAAAACCUCAGUAUGUGCAGGUGACAGAAAUUAGAUGAACAAGGGCUAGAAAGUAGAUUAGCAGAUGUGUGAACAUUUAGUUCGUCGUCCCUGUUUAGUGAUGGUUGUCAGAACUUGAUUUUAAGUUGCAUCCUGAUCUUGAUUACUUCUAAUAUUGUCUUCUAGGAUUUGUAGCUUUGUUGGACAACUAUGAGAGUGAAACUGGCCAAGGAGAGGUUGUCACUCAAGAAGAAGUGCGAGAAAAUCAGUGUUUCAUUGAUGCCAUCUAUGAAACAGAACCAAUGAAAAUUGCUCAUGAAUACUUGUCAAAGCAUGGACUUAUGCCAAAGGAGCGUGGUCCAUUUAAAAUGGCACUGUAUGAUAUGUGGUUUAAACUGUACAGGAGGACAAAAGGAGUAAGGUGAGUUAGUUAUACAGGGCUCUCCAGAAAAUGUAAAGCAGAUGGAGUAAAAAUAAAAGUAGGCAGUAAUGAAUUACGGUAGAUCAAUAGAACUCAGCAGCAUGUGGAGUUAGGUACAUGUAUUGCUGGGAAUCACAGUCUUACCAGAAGGAAAAAUUUUCUUUUAGAUGCUCUGAAAAUUUCAUUUCGGUGCAUUUGGAGGGACCAGUUAAAGAAUAAAAAUAAUUUAGCCGUUUACGUGGUACCUUUAUUUACCCACAUGUGUGUUAUAUUUUAUCAUAAGCAACAUUUGUUUUUAUUGAACAAAUUUGUUGAGGAAAAAUACACUUAUUUAUUCCCAUCUUAACAAAUCAUUUUCUGUGAGUAGCCGGUACUUCUGCAGCAACUAUUUAGCAAUUUUUGCUCAGUGCUGGAGCUUCUUAAGAACACUGUUACACCUGUAUGUGUACAACAGAAGGUUAGGAGCCUUCGGUUAAACCCCAAUUUAUUUCAGUAGUGAGUAACUAUUAUUAUGUCCAUACAGUGAAACCUGUAUUAAGAGGAUACCCUCCAUUAAGCGGACAGUAGCCGAAGUCCCUAAAUUUAAUUCCCUUCUUUACUUUAAAUGAAACCUUUAUUAAGCGGACACCUCUAUUAAGCGGACGCAGGCACCUAAAAAAUACCUGAAAUGGUCAUUUCUAUUUUUGCCAUCCUGUAUUGCACGGAUAGUUGUAAUUAAAUUCCACCACCCAACAUGCCAGACACCGGAAAUGCGAAAGAUUGCCUCGAAUUGCCACCCACCAAUUUUUCGAUUUUUACGUUAAAAAACGUGACUUGACAAACUUAUUUGAUUAGUUUCACAGUACAGUAUUGUUUUCUAUUUCGUUUUGUUUGUAAAGAGCUUGUUUCACUCAUCUGAUUUCUUCAAAUUUGAGUUGCAAUCUAUGUUUAUGGUACUAUGAUCAAUUGGUCCACUUUGAUAAAGAAAUUAAUGCAAACGUAUAUCGUCAUAGCCUCUAGGAGUAUUCUAAAUGUUUCCACUGUUCAUUUGAAUGGCAUUUGACACCUCAAAUGACGUUAUCUAUCGAAACCUGUAUUAGGCAGACACCCUGUAUUAAGCGGACACUACAGCAUUCCCCAAGGGUGUCCUUUUAAUACAGCUUUCACUGUAUUAUAAUGUUGAAAUGGUUAAAGAUAGUGUAGAAUAAAAACUCAUAGAUUUCCUUUUUGAUGCUUGCAACAUUGAAAGAGGUGGUUUUGGUUUGCUUUAUUUGUCCAUUUGAAUGCCUCAAACUGAUUACUUUUUUUAGGGAAUUGGACUCAUCUGGCUUUGAACAUGUUUUUGUGGGUGAAUCACGAAACAGGGCAGAAGUGAUUGGCUUCCAUAACUGGAUUCAGUUCUAUUUGCAAGAGAAAAAAGGCUUGGUUAACUAUAAAGGCUUCUUCCCAAGUCGAAGAGUAAGUAUGCUGUGCAUUGGAACUAAUAAUAAUAAUAAUAAUAAUAACAUGUUUAAACAGGAUGACCAUUUCAGUUAUAAAAACUGCUAUCAAUAUGGGUCCUGCUUGAUUAUUUAGACUUGGAAAGACUGGAGUGAAUAGUCUAAGAAAUCAACAGACUGGGUAAUUGGAAAAUGUGAAUGUCAGUGACAUCAUCAUAAGUAUUUUCAUUAUUUACAAAGGAAGCUAACAUUGGCUAACAUUUGUUUGUACGUAAUCUGUGGGGUAGUCAGAAACUCAGUUUUUAGCAGUCAGAUGAAUGUUUAUCACAUGCCAGUGCCACUUUUGCUCUUUGAAUGGAAAACAAAGUCUAGUUCAAAGAAGCUUUUCAACACCUGAAUGAUAAAAUUGUAUUCUCAAAUCAUGAUGUUGAUUUAUCAAUAUUUAUGACAAAAAAAAACAGGAAUCAGAGAAAUAGUCUGGAGAAUCAAGAAGUCCAGAUAAUCGAUGUUCAAAAUAAUGUAUCAAGUUUACUGUAAUCUUAACACCAAAUCAGUAACAUGAAAUUUUGUAACAGAAUGAGACAAGCAUAGAGAAUCAGGUUGCUCAAAGAGUAAGACAUUUGUUAAGGUUUCUAGUGCAGAGCUCUAAGGAGCAGGCCAAAUGUAGAUUUAUUAUUUAUUUCCCUUAAAAAAGAUGUGGAGAUUUUUGUUUUGAUAGGUGCUUUGCAACUGUGUAUUUAUUACCUUGUUUAAAUGAUUAAUUUGUUUAAAUGGCAUUGAAAAAGUGUUUCAUAAGUGGUAGAAUAUGAUCGUGUGAGUGAAUGUAGUGCUAAACAGGACUGUUGUUGACAGUAACUCACAUUUCGAUAAUGUGUGCAGUAGUCAUCUUCAGAGUAAAAAAAAUAGCACAAAAAUAGUUUUGACUCUGAAGAUGGCUACUACACGGUUUGUCGAAUCAUCAGUCACUGUCAACAACAGUCCUGUUUAGGAAUACACCCACCCGGGUGAUCAUAUUCCACCUCUUUUGACAUGACGCCUGGGAUCAAACCUUUCACUGAAAAAGUGUUUUACUUUUUUGCGUGACAGAAAAAGCACACAACUAGUGAAGAAGAGAGCAUGAAUCAGCUACUCACAAUCCAGUUUAACUGGAAAGGUGAUGUAAAACCGAUUGGCAGCAGCUUUAUUGGCACCAGCCCUGAAUUUGAAAUGGCGCUGUAUACAGUUUGUUUCCUGGCUGGGCAGGGAAAGGAUGUCCACGUGGAGCUGGAUGACUAUGAUGUAAUUAUUAAAGCUCAUCACAUAGGGAGAAAUUUAGGUACCUGUUAUCCGAAUACUGUGUGAAAAUAAUAGAAUCAAUUUUCUGGAAUAAAAUUGAAUUAUUAAUGAGUGAAACUAGGAUUAUUAUCCAUUUAAAAAAGAUAUUUUACUGUUUCUGGUGUGCUUUUAAGGUCAUUUAAAAUUGUCACAGCCUGUUUUUCAUAGCACGCUGCCCAAAUUUGGAUGAUUUAUGUCAAUCAUUGGGUGACAUCAUGCAAGGAGGGUGGCGGUAUCUCUUCACUUUUGCUUUUGUCAGUGCAGAACUUGAGAAAACUGGCUGGAAUAUUCCUAACAUUUGAUAACCGGGCUACUCCUUCACUAAAAGAUUGGUUUGGUUGCACGAACAAAACCAGACAGGAUAAUUAAUUAAGUCAAAAGGCACGGGAUACAAGCGACUUUAUUUGUUAUUAAAAGUCUUAAAAAAAUUGCCGUGUAACUUUUUCAAUAAGCUUUUGAAAGUGUGCGUUAAUUCAGUCUAUAGCGUUGAUUUGUAAACUUUUGUGUGUGUGUGUUUCUUUGGUGCUGGGUUUAGUCGAUUUUUUGGAAUGUAUGUCUUCUAAAUGUGAUAUUUAGAGCUUUUAAUUUAAACGAUUAUUACUUAAUAAAUCAAUGGAAAAUUUUCAAAAC